GCGGCGCGGGGGGCGGGGCGGGCCGGGCCCGCGGGGUCAGUCGGAGCGCGGCGGCCGUAGGGAGCGGAGCGGGGUCGGUGGGCACACGUAGGGACGGACACACGGACACGGCCCGGCCGCGGCGAGACGGAGCGCAGGAUGAUAAACACCCAGGACAGUAGUAUUUUACCUUUGAGUAACUGUCCCCAGCUGCAGUGCUGCAGGCACAUCGUUCCAGGGCCUCUGUGGUGCUCCGAUGCCCCUCACCCACUGUCGAAGAUCCCCGGUGGGCGAGGGGGUGGCAGGGAUCCUUCUCUUUCAGCUCUGAUCUACAAGGACGAGAAGAUCACUGUUAACCAAGAUGUCCCGGUGCACGAGGGGAAGCCUCAUCUUGUCCACUUCCAGUACAAGGUCACGGAAGUGAAAACCUCCUCCUGGGAUGCCGUGCUCUCGAAUCAGAGCCUCUUUGUGGAAAUCCCGGAUGGAUUAUUAGCCGAUGGAAGCAAAGAAGGGUUAUCAGCGCUGCUGGAGUUUGCUGAAGAGAAAAUGAAAGUCAACUACGUCUUUAUUUGCUUCAGAAAAAGCAGAGAAGACAGAGCUCCGCUCCUGAAGACGUUCAGCUUCUUGGGCUUUGAGAUCGUGCGGCCCGGUCACCCCUCGGUCCCAUCGCGGCCAGACGUGAUGUUCAUGGUGUACCCCCUGGAGCAGAACUCUUCCUCCGAUGAAGAAUAACCGCAGCGGGGGACCCCAAAAUGCUGUUGAGGGGAGAGGGGGCGACACCUCCUUCCUCAAGGAAAGGGAAAACAAGCUUCUGUUGGACUGAAACUGCAUUUCUCAUUGUUAGGUUGGCCUGUGUAUCCUCCGAGUUGACUAUCUCAUUGAAACGUGUUGCCUAGAGAACUAUAUAUCCACAUGUAAUCACCAAAUAGUACAGGGAGGUGUUGAAGGGGCGCAGGAGCUGUCGGGGUGCGAUUCGGGGAGCCCAGCGCUGGUGCAGCGGUGGCUCCUCCAAACCCGCUGGUCCUUUCCCGUGUGCGCUCAUCUGACCCACUACUUUGGUUUUCAUGUUAUUUUUCACUCAGACUCUUAAAUAGACGGCGUGUUUGGGUGUUAGGAGGGAGGAGACGUGCUCGAGUUUAACCUUUAACACUACAUUAAAAACCCCGCACAUCUCCACUUCGGGGCGACCGAUGCUGUUUAAGCUGGUCUUUUUUUUUUUGUCCUUUUGAAACUUCUUGCUCUUCCAGCUUUUGUUUUAAGCAGUCUUAACUCCGUUCGAUGUUACCGCCGCACUAUCACAGCGUUCGUUCAAUAAAAGGGGCAUUCGGAUGAA